AUGAGAAUUAGUGGUUUGAGUGCGUUUGUGCCAAUGGGGUUGGUGGCAGGGAAUAAUUUUUGCACGGCUAUAUAAUACAUACCGGGAUCAUCUUCGAAGACCGAAAGGCGACCCGGAACGAACGAGAAGCUUCAAUGGGUUAUGUCGAGAGAGGUGUUGUGAAAUCCAAGCGGUCCAUAUGGAGGUUGAGAACAAUCACUGAUUUCUUCUGGGCCAUUGUUAACUUCAUUGGUGUGUUCUUUGCAACAAUGUUUUCGAUGGAAAAAUCAGAUGCUUAUAAAAAAGGCUCAGCGUCUGGGAAGAAAUGGGAUGGUGGGGGUCCAGGUGGUCCUGGAAGCGGCGGCCCAUAUGGUGGUGGUCCACGUGGUCCACCUCGUGGAUUAGACAACGUUCGCGGAAUUGAUCAUAGUUCUCUUCCUGCUUGUGGUUCCUGCUGCGGCUGAAGGGCUAGAGGUAUAUGCUUCUGAUGUCUAUCAAAAUGUUUUGAAUGUUUUUGGAAGCAGUCUAUGAAGUGAUAUGCUAGAAUUUGUGUUCUCCUGUGAAUGUUGUUAGAGCCUUGAGAGGAAAUGAAGCACAAACAUGAACAAAAGAAGACAAAAGCUUCAAUCUCUUUGAAUAAAUAUAGUUCUGUCAAGUGUAUCUAGUGUUUUCCAGUUGUUCUCUGUGGGAAUUUUUUUGACUGCUUUUUAUGGUUUCAUAAUAGUCCUCAACUGAUAUAUUACAACUCAUAAAUGUGGACAGCUAUCAAGACUUCUGUGAUCAA